CACCAUCAUCAUCUCCAUUAUCACCUAUGUGCAUCAUCGUCAGCAUCAUCAUCAUCAGCAUCAUCAUCUGCAUCAUCCCCAUAAUGAUGGACCACAACAGCACUGAGUCCUGGGUGUUGGUCAACACUUCAUUCCCCCUCCUGCCUGUCAUAGCCAGUCCCACUAACAGGAGUGGCAUGGAGCCAUAUCUUCAUUUAGACGAGGGCCUCUACAACGACUUCUACGGCUUCUGGGUCACACUCAUUGUCAUAAACUCUCUCAUAUUCCUGGUAGGCAUGGUGCUCAACGUGGUGGCACUGUAUGUGUUCUGUUUCCGCACCAAGCAGAGGACCACCUCCGUGAUCUACACCAUCAACCUGGCGGUGACGGACCUCCUGGUGAAUCUCUCCCUGCCCACUCGCAUCCUGCUCUACUACAGCGGAGGAGCCUGUCUCACCUGCUCCUACCUGCACGUCUUCAGCUACUUCGUCAACAUGUACUGCAGCAUCUUGUUUCUCACCUGCAUAUGUGUCGACCGCUACCUUGCCAUCGUGCAGGUUGAAGCCUCCCGUCGGUGGAGGAACACCGGCGUGGCCAAAUGCGUGUGUCUCUCUGUGUGGCUCUUUGCCAUCGUGGUCACCUACUCCUUCCUCUCCAGCGUUUUCCAGCACACGGGCUGCUGCCUGUCCAAGCUCCUCUUUCUCACCAUCACGGAGUUCUUCCUACCCCUCGUCAUCAUCGUGGUGUUCACCGUGAGGAUCAUGUGGGCCCUGGCCGACCGUCGUCUGAUGCAGCAGAGCAGGGAGAGGAGGAAGAGGGCCGUCCAGCUGCUGACCACAGUGCUGAUCAUCUUCACCGUGUGCUUCACACCCUUUCACGUCAGACAGGUGGUUGUGUACUUCUACCCCGACAUGCCUCAUCAUGUCAUCGUCUAUCACUUGACCGUCACUCUCAGUAGUUUGAAUAGCUGCAUGGAUCCUGUCGUCUACUGCUUCGUUACAAAUAACUUCCAGUCCACGAUGAGACAGCUUUUCCGUCGUGCAGAGCCCGAGCACACCAGCGGCGACAUCAUCAGCAUGCAGCACAGCUCCAAGGCCUCGGGAGCGACGGCCAACGCCAUCGCUAACAACAUGAUCAUGAUGACCAGGAUCCCGGCUCCGCUACAGAGUGACACUGAGGGGAAGAAACACACCGUGUAAAUCCCCUUUCACGUGGGGUGAGGAAAGAACUGAUGAUAAGAGAUGCCCCAGUCGAUGGCUGAUAAGGCUGGACUCUGCACGGACUGGCCAGUGAUAACAGUAUAAUGGUAACAUGGUAUCAAAGUGCAAGUGAGAGCUCAGGAUUUGGAACGGCACUUGCAUAUCCCUAGAAGGGGAGAUAGGGCCUACACUGCAACAGAGCUGGUUCUACAACCUCUUUACUUUAUCAACUACACAAAACAUGUUAUUGACAAGAGACAAAUUUAGUCUGUAACUCAUCGUCGUGUCAGUAAAAUGUCUCCUUUACUUUACAGUUGUGAGUCUAAAACUAAACUAAAGCUGACUUAUGUGUGUUGUUAUUUGUACGAAGCAUUCAUGUGACUGAACGGUCCAGGCAUGACGUAAAAUGAAUCUGCAGUUGUACAUGUUGUAUAAUAAAAAUGUCACUAUAGGAAGGUAUUUUGUGAUUUCAUCGUCUUU